GAUAAUACGGGGAAGGUUCUGGAAGCAAUAGCUGGAAAUGAUGACGUGGACAUUCCUACAGCAGAAUCAAAAGGGAUCGCUGAUAUUGAUGGAAGGAGGAGAAAGAUGGUUCGUGAAAGGAAUAGGCCUAACCAUCUAAGGGACUACGUGUAGGGCUGUGAUUAAACUAGCUAUGAAUAAAUAGUUAUCUAGGAGGUUUGGGAAAGGUGUGUAAUGUGUGAUGUUGAGAGAUAGUCUCUGUUUCUUCCCCUAAUUUCUCUAUUUUGGAUCUGUAUUGCCUUGCUCAAUAGUAAAACCCUUUUCAGUUCAUAUCAAUUGGUGCUUUCAUUGAAUCUCCGCCAUGGCUGAAGGGACUCGUCUCAAAGCCCUGGACGACGCUAUUCGCCGUCUUCAAGAAGCCUCCUCCGUUCAUGAGUCGUCAUUAGGGUCUCUUCAAUCUGCGUUGGUGGAGCUGACUCAGGUCACGACAGAUCAGAAAACUUUCGUUCACGAGUUAACCAACCGUGUUACCGCGAUGGAUGGCCGUUUGGAACAGGUUCUUCGUCUGGCUCAGGCUUCUCUUUCUACACUCAGCAGUCCUUCUGCUGUGACUGUUUCCACAACCACGGGUGUUCCUGCUCCUGCUCCUGCUUCUCCGAUAGCCGCUCCUCCUCUAGCGGCGUAUACCACCGCCUCCAUGGGAGUUUUUCCACCGGGAUCUGUUCGCUUAGAUUUCCCUCGCUUUGACGGCACAAAUCCUCUGGAUUGGGUUUCGAAGGCAGAACAAUUUUUUCAUCUCUUUCAGACAAAUGAAACUCAGAAGGUGGAAAUCGCUUCUUAUCACUUUGAUGGUCCUGCUUGGCAGUGGUUUCAAUGGGCCACCUCGGCUCACCCAUUUCCUUCUUGGUCUGAUUUUGCUCGUGCCAUUGAGAUUCGCUUUGGGGAAGAUAUAUCCAUGGACUUUGUGGUUGGGUUACCUGCUUCAGGGGGCAAAACAGCCUUGCUUGUGGUGAUUGACAGAUUAACCAAAUACGCCCAUUUUUGCCCAUUACCCAGUCAUUAUACUAGCACUAUGGUAGCCGCUGUUUUUGUUAGGGACAUCAUUAAACUGCAUGGACUUCCACGUUCAAUUGUUACUGAUCGGGAUCCACUAUUUUUGAGUACAUUUUGGCAAGAAGUUUUCAAAUUACAAGGCACAAAGCUGAAUAUGAGCAGUGCUUAUCAUCCGCAAACGGAUGGCCAAACAGAGGUUUUAAAUCGUUGCUUAGAAAUGUAUCUUCGCUGUUUUGUACAAGACAACCCGGCGCAUUGGCUUAAAUUUCUACCAUGGGCAGAGUAUUCAUACAACACGGCUUACCAUACUGCUUCAGGUAUGACGCCGUUUCAAGCCCUCUAUGGUCGACUGCCACCUCUAAUUCAGAAGUAUUUUCCAGGUUCCACAACCUGUGACGCUGUUGAUCAUGAACUUAUCACACGAGAUGAAUUGUUGCGUCUUCUAAAAACUAAUUUGCAGCGCGCGCAACUUCGCAUGAAAAAUCAAGCUGACCAGCAUCGGCGUGAGGUUCAGUUUGAAGUAGGCGAUUUGGUUUUUAUUCGGCUUCAACCAUAUCGUCAGCUGUCACUGCGGUUGCGCCGUGACCAGAAGUUGGGUCCUCGAUAUUUUGGUCCUUUUCCUAUCAUUCAAAAGGUUGGGGCAGUGGCCUAUCGUUUGGAAUUGCCGGUGUCAGCUAAAAUCCAUCCGGUCUUCCAUGUUUCUGUUCUUAAACGAUGUGUGGGAAACCCAGAGCAGCAGUCUAUUCCACUUCCAUUGUUGACAGUACCUUCGGGGCCAGUUGUGAAACCAAUUGCCAUACUCAGUCAGAGAGAAGUUGUACGCCAAGGACAGUUAAUACCGCAGGUUUUGGUGCAGUGGGAGAAUUUGCUGCAGGAAGAUGCUACUUGGGAAGAUUUGGCCCUUGUGUCUAAGCAAUUUCCUAACUUGAACCUUGAGGACAAGGUUCUCACUGACCAGGGGAGUAUUGUCAUGAGGCCAGAUAAUACGGGGAAGGUUCUGGAAGCAAUAGCUGGAAAUGAUGACGUGGACAUUCCUACAGCAGAAUCAAAAGGGAUCGCUGAUAUUGAUGGAAGGAGGAGAAAGAUGGUUCGUGAAAGGAAUAGGCCUAACCAUCUAAGGGACUACGUGUAGGGCUGUGAUUAAACUAGCUAUGAAUAAAUAGUUAUCUAGGAGGUUUGGGAAAGGUGUGUAAUGUGUGAUGUUGAGAGAUAGUCUCUGUUUCUUCCCCUAAUUUCUCUAUUUUGGAUCUGUAUUGCCUUGCUCAAUAGUAAAACCCUUUUCAGUUCA